AUGGGAAGACUGGAUAGCAACCCCAUUGAAAUUUCAGCAAAAGACAUUAACCAAGAGGUUGAGAUGAACAAUGACCCAUUAGUAAUUGCACUUCUUAUCCACGAGUGGAAUGUAACGAAGGUCCUCGAUAACGGGGGCAGCUCAUUAAAUGUCUUAUAUUAUGAUCCAUUCCAAAGAGUGGGCCUAUAUGAUGAGCAAAUGGAUUCAUCCACUUACACGAUCUAUGGAUUCAACGGAGCUGCAUCUAGGCUAAAAAGAGAAAUUGUUUUGCAGGUAAGAGCAGGUCCAAUGAUAACAAAUACCAUAUUUUUCUUGAUUGGUGCACAAUCACCCUACAACGUGAUUAUGGAGAGACUAUGGGUCCAUCGUCUUCGUGGAACCGCUUCGACCUACCAUCAAUACCUUCGUUUUCCAACACCCAUGGGUUAA